AUGUCUAUUUUCGGCUUAUCAGCAGUCUCACCAGAAAUUAUCCUAGAGAUUUGUAAGCAUCUGGAGAGCCCCAAAGACCGUUUGAAUUUGGUAUGCUGUUCGCAACUUUUUUAUGACUUGUGUCUGCCGUUGCUCUACAAGAAAUUACGGACUGGCGACAAGGAUCUUGUUCCAAUUGCUCGAGUUGUCCGUACUCUUGUUGAGAAACCGGCUCUUGCAGCGCGAGUUCAUAUUUUACAUCUUUUUGAUUGGGAGACAUAUAUCGGAUUCAAUUUUGCGGAAUUUGACGAGGCGCUCAAAGCGUUUAAGGAGGAGUGUGCUAUGGAAAGAGAACAGGAAGAUACUAGUGAGGAGGAGGCCAACGAAGGUGAUGCGGAUGAACACGAUGCGGAUGAACACGAUGCGGAUGAACACGAUGCGGAUGAACAUGAUGUGGAUGACGAUGAUUGUGACAAUGAUAAGGAUGAUGAAGAUUACGGAGAUAAUGGCGAUAAUGCCUCGGAUAACGGCAGUAUCUACUUGAAAACAUUCGACUAUGGUCCGCUACGUGAACAGGCAAAGCUUGUGACCCGUUCUGAGGAUGAGACAGACUACUGGAUGGAUGAAAUUGCCAUCGGAAAUGCCGAUGCAUGGGUUGCAAUGCUUCUAACUCUUCUGCCGAAUCUCCAGCGGCUUGAGAUAGAAUUCCCCUACGGGUCAUUAUGGGUUCGCUGGGUGCUGAAAUGGGCAAUAGCUGGACGUCUAGAUUCUAUGCCGGCUUUCAAAUCACUUUCUGAGGUUUAUGUCGACUGGGAUAGCGAAAAAGUGAAAGCGUGUUCUAGGAACAUAAUGCCAUUCUUUCUGCUGCCCUCGAUGCGCCGGUUUUACGCCAGUAAGCUUUUUGAUAGGCUUGGAAUGUUUGAAGAAGCAUGGGCGGAUGAUGAUGAUUUAACUGGGGUUGCUCAAUUUUCUCCUGUUACACAUAUUGAAAUUGAUGAGAGCGAUGGGAAAUGGGAGAUGUGGAAAGUGGUGGCUAUCUGCAAGAAUCUCCAGUCCUUCAAAUACAACCACAGUGGCUGCGUGGGAUUCGAUCCAGGUGCUUUCUAUAAAGAGCUUUUCCCACUGAGAGAGACUCUUGAGACAAUAUGGCUUGAUAUAAAGGAGGGUUCUCGUGGAGAUUGCAUGGAGGAUUUGCACCAUUGCAACGAUCCACUCCCUUCCUUUAAGGAUUUCAUAUCCUUGAAAACACUCCACCUCCGAAUGAAGAACUUGCCAGGAUUGAACGUCCAAUCUGGGGGUAACCAUGCUAGCAUGCCAUUUGCUGGAGCCCUUCCAUCUUCACUUGAGACUUUACAAAUUGCCGAUAUCGGAAACUUGGCUAACCUUCAGAUACUUGUCCAGAAGCUACAGGAUCAUCUUGAACAUGAUUUGGAUUCCACUCCAGCAUUGAGAGAGAUUGCUAUUGAAACUUUGCUAAAUUCACCGAAAAUUCCAAAACUACUUUUGGAUUUGGACAGAGCCUGUACAAAGGUGAAUAUCAAAUUCUAUGUGUGUGACACUCAUGACGGGCGAGCCAAGUGGAGGGCUGAUGGAUUCACACCGUGUGUUUUGUGA